UAUGCUAGCCUCCAUUCAGCAAUGUUACAGCUUCCUUGGUAUUUUGUGACAUUUUUCCUCAAAUUGGGUUGAAUUUACUAUGACUUCCAGAUGGGUAAUGUUAGACUUGGCUUUUUACCCUGAACACUUCACACAUGUAAAGAGGGAGCAAGCUACGAAGGAGGAGAAAAACAAGUUCAAGACCGAAUUAUUUACUUAGUUUGUAUCAGGUAAAUGUUGUCGAGAUCUUUUUGUUCCUGACUUCGUGAAUAGAGAACGUACAAGAGGAGGAACAAUGAAGAUUGUAUUAUUUGUGUUGGUUUUGGCCUCAUCUUCCCAUCAAGAUAUCGAGCUGCAGACCAGCUCGGUGGUUCGAGGCUCCCUGGGUGAGAGAGUGUCACUCCCUUGCCGGAUCGUGGGAUGGUACUCCGUUCGUGCACUGACCGUUGUGUGGACCAAGGAUCAGGACGUGCCGGUAUACACCCACCGAGCUGGCGAGGGAGAGGCGGCCUCUGGCUUCCAGGGCAGGGCGAGCCUGGACCAAUCGCAGCUGGACGCUGGAAACGUGAGCCUGCUGCUCUCAGACUCCUCCCCCCUGGAUGAGGGGAACUACACCUGCCAAGUUGGGAGGGCCUCUGGCAGGGUGGAGCUCAAGCUAGGCGGCCUGGGGUCUCGGCCCCAGUUUCUGGUGGACAGCUUUAGGUCCAGCCGCUCGCUGUCCCUGUCCUGUUGGUCCCGUGGCUGGCACCCUAACCCAGUUGUGUCCUGGACCAGCAGCGACGGACAGACGCUGACAGGGGCGCCGCUGGACGAUGAGGAGCAGGGAGCCUCCGUCCUGAAGGACGUUCGAGACGGGGUGACGUUAACGGUGCAGAGCGGGUUAAACGUCACGUGCACCAUGCGGAAUCCUGUCCUGCAGACUCAGAGUGAGGAAGUGCUCACCAUCACAGGUGACUUUCCACCAGACGUGUCUCCUUGGCUACUGGCUUUCUGGGGGGUUUUCCCGCUGGUUGCCAUGGCAUCGGGAAUUAUAGGCUACUUCUUCAAGCGCAAGAGAGAUUCCGUCAAAGAGAAAGAACGGCAAGUUCGAGAAGCUGAGCGGGAGCCUCUUAUGAAGCAGGAUGAAUAUGCAGAGCUAAAGAAAGAACUGUCUGCAGCCAGAGCAGUCAGUAAUUCAGAAUGGAAACGAGUUCUCAGCAAGAGAACCAAGAUAUUCUCCUUGACACCAGGCUCUGAGGGACCAGAGCUCUCCUCAGGAAGCCACUACUGGGAGGUGAUCCUGAGGGACGUCAGGAGGUGGACAGUGGGAGUGAAGAAGGAGGAGGCGGUGCUGGGCAGGGACUCCUUCCCCGAGACGGGCGUGUGGUCCUUCUCCUACAGCCCGGAGAAAGGGUACUGUGCCUGGCUACACCCGCCUUUCCCCAUCACCCCCAGCAACCAGCCUAAGCGUGUGGGCAUCUUGCUGGACUACAGCGAAGGGCAGCUAACCCUGUAUGACCCUGGAACCAAACCUGCACAAAGACUUUACACCUUUAAUGCUAUCUUUACAACUCCAGUCCGACCGUUCUAUGAGUGAGGGUGGUGCAGGGGAGGGGAGGGGUGUAUUCAGUCUCAGCU